AAACUGCUUGCGCACGCUCGGGACAUGCGCAAUGCAGAGGCUGAGGCGCCAGCUGUCGACUUGGAAGUUCCGGGGAGGGAGCGCAUGCGCUAGUGUACGCGUUGCCGGCGAGAGGGCAGCUUGACGACUCGGAAAUUUGAAUACCACAGUAGCAUGGAGUGUGACCUCAUGGAGACUGACAUCUUGGAGUCGUUGGAAGAUCUAGGUUACAAGGGCCCAUUGUUGGAUGACGGUGCGCUGUCACAGGCAGUCUCUGCUGGAGCCGCUUCCCCCGAGUUUACCAAACUCUGUGCCUGGCUGGUAUCUGAAUUAAGGGCGCUCUGUAAACUAGAAGAAAAUGUGCAAGCAACUAACAGUCCAAGUGAAGCUGAAGAAUUCCAGCUUGAGGUGAGUGGGCUACUUGGGGAGAUGAACUGCCCAUAUCCUUCUCUGACAUCUGGGGAUGUAACCAAGCGCCUUCUUGUUCAGAAGAACUGCCUCCUUUUGCUCACAUACCUCAUCUCAGAACUAGAAGCUGCCAGAAUGCUCUGUGUGAAUGCUCCUCCAAAAAAAGCUCAAGAAGGAGGCGGUAGUGAGGUCUUUCAAGAGUUGAAAGGCAUAUGUAUUGCUCUAGGAAUGUCCAAACCUCCAGCCAAUAUAACUAUGUUCCAAUUCUUCAGCGGGAUUGAGAAAAAAUUAAAGGAAACAUUAGCAAAAGUUCCACCUAAUCAUGUGGGAAAGCCGUUAUUGAAGAAGCCAAUGGGACCAGCCCACUGGGAAAAGAUAGAAGCCAUUAACCAAGCCAUAUCCAAUGAAUACGAAGUUCGGAGGAAGCUGCUAAUCAAACGUUUGGAUGUCACUGUCCAGUCCUUUGGCUGGUCUGAUAGAGCUAAGAGUCAGACAGAAAAAUUAGCUAAGGUUUACCAGCCAAAACGUUCAGUCUUGUCUCCUAAAGGUAGUAUUUCCGUUGCUCAUCUUUUGGCCGCCAGACAAGACUUGUCAAAGAUUUUAAGGACAAGCAGUGGGUCCAUAAGAGAAAAGACCGCCUGUGCCAUCAAUAAGGUGUUGAUGGGCAGAGUGCCAGACAGAGGUGGUAGACCCAAUGAAAUUGAACCUCCACCCCCAGAGAUGCCACCAUGGCAGAAAAGACAAGAAGGCCCCCAGCAGCAAGCAGGAGGCCGAGGAGGAGGGAGAGGUGGUUAUGAACAUUCCUCAUAUGGAGGACGAGGAGGUCAUGAACAAGGAGGGAGAGGUGGACGUGGUGGCUAUGACCAUGGCGGCCGAGGGGGAGGAAGAGGAAAUAAACAUCAAGGAGGCUGGACAGAUGGAGGGAGUGGAAGUGCAGGUAGCUACCAGGAUGGUGGUUAUCGAGAUUCAGGUUUCCAGCCUGGUGGCUAUCAUGGUGGCCAUAGCAGUGGCUAUCAAAGUGGUGGCUACGGUGGUUUCCAAACAUCGUCAUAUACAGGAAGUGGAUACCAGGGAGGUGGAUACCAGCAGGACAAUAGAUACCAAGAUGGUGGGCACCAUGGCGAUCGAGGUAGUGGUCGUGGGGGAAGAGGUGGUCGAGGAGGUCGGGGUGGACGUGGAGGCCAGGGAGGAGGCUGGGGAGGAAGAGGAAGCCAGACUUAUCACCAAGGGGGUCAGUUUGAACAGCACUUCCAACAUGGAGGCUAUCAAUAUAGUCAUUCUGGAUUUGGACAAGGAAGACACUAUACUAGUUGAGGCUACAGAAACUUAUAUUUUACUAGAGCUCAAGUAAUAGAAACUUAGCUUCAGAAUCCUGAAUCCAACAUCUAUUUCAAAUGAAUGUUAGACCACAAGUGGCAGGCAUGCUCCUGCUUGGGGUAACCAUUUGCCGGUCUUCAUUCAAUUUUCUCUCUUUUUAUUAUUAAACAGUUUUACAUAACACUGUUUAUUUAAGAAACAUAUCUCUUCUUUCUAUGAAAAACAAAUUUUAAAGGCAAUUUAAAUUGCUUUAAUUGACCGGUAGAUUAAUCCAGUUAGAACAUACAUGCUUUUUUGAAGAAAUUACUUGAAUAAAAUAGUUUUCACGUUUUCAAUAUGCAAGUUUUGAAUAUGAGGAUUUACGUAGACUUUUUUUAUAUUUACUGCUGGGAAACCUUCCUCAUAUUAACAACCCAUGUGUGUUUUUCAUAACGAUUUUCUGCUGUCUGUUCUCUGAGCACAGCUCUACCCCUGAUUGGCAUUUUAUUCAGAGAGUGUUUGUCACAUUUCUUUGUGAUAGACCUGUGGGUUAGUUCCUAUUACAUGAGCUCUUUUGCAGAUAGCACAUUCAGUAGCCUUAUCCUUUUGGUGGAAUACUGUACCAUAUGCUCCUCCAAAAACCAUGAACACGGCCAAAAUCCAUAAAGAUGACGAAAGCAAACUAAGUUGUGAAACUAUAGUACCUGUAGGCACUUAGUUAAGUAUAGCAGCUCAAACAGACCUGCAUCCAUCCGAGACAAAGUUCCUCCUUCAACCUUGUUUUUACUUGAAAUUUGCUAGAAGAAAUGGCAAACAGAAAUUCUGUUUUAUGCACGAGUUAAUGCCACUGGCUCAGCAAAUACAAGUUAGUUUGCUUUAGGCAAGAGACCUUCUUUGUGAUGGAAGUGCACUACGAAGUCAGAUUGAGUCCUGCUCAGUGCGGGAGGCCCUUCAUUAUUGCUGCAGAAGACAGAAGCCUGGCUCGGUCACUCUCCACGUUUUUUCCUUUACUGACAUCACACGAUGCUUGCUGCCGGGUUUUUUGUACAUGUAAACACUGUCAAGCUGUGAAAGAAAGUGGCAGGAGGUGUGUAUUGUGUGAGAGGUGAGCAAUAAAGUAUCUGUACAUUC